CAGCAACAACAACUGCUACAAAGGCAUCAUCAACAUUAUUGAUGACAUCAACAGUAACAACAGUAACGUUAGGCACUACAAUAUCAACUACACAGAGUCUUUUUGCAACAAGACAAAGUCUAGCUCAGGCCUACAGGAGCAUUUUCACAACAGAGCAAACCAAAAAAUCGAAGAAUACCAAACCCAAAACAUCAACAAAAGCAACGACGUCAACAAAAACAUCGACAACAUGUGUGAAAUCGUCAAAAUCUGUUUCUGUAGCAUCCAACGCAGCCACAACAGCAGCAGCAGCAGCAACGGUAGCUAUAACCUCAGCAGCCACAAG